AUGGCCUCAAUUUCACUGUUCCACAGCCAAAAUGAUACUUCCAGACCGAGUGGAACCUAUACCUUCAGUAGCUGCCCUCGACCUGUGCCCAUGAGGCAUAGAUACAGAGGUUCCCAAGAGGCCAAUGAUCAAGAUGAUGGCCCAACUCGCUAUGGGAACCUUAUGUAUGACAGGAGAGUUGUUCGGGGCAACACAUAUGCUCUUCAAGAAUUACCUUGGACUACUGAACCCGAUACUGCUGAGGUCCAAAAGCAUAGAGAAGCCCACAGAAAAAUGCUUGCCAGAAAGCGAGCAAAGGAGGAGUUUGAGGCAAAGGCCCCUGAGAUUACAGAUGCUGGAAACCGUAUCAAUGUACAGACAGAACUGUACCUGGAAGAGAUUGCAGGCCGCAUUAUUGAAGCUGAUGUGGAAUGUCAAACAGAUGGUUUUGUUGACAGACCAGAGACACCACUCUACAUUCCCUCCAAGACUGGAUGUGAUGUAUCCACACAGAUAGAAGAAGGAGAGCUCUUUGACUUUAACUUCGAAGUCAAACCAAUACUUGAAGUUUUGGUUGGUAAAACCAUAGAGCAAGCUUUGCUGGAAGUCACAGAAGAAGAAGAGAUAGCCAAUCUGCGGGCACAUCAGCAAGCAUAUCACGAAUUGCUUAAUGCAGAAAAAGCUGAAGUUCAACGCCUUGAAGAACGAGAAAGACGUCGUAGAGUGGAAAAGGCCCAACGUAUGUACCUUCAGACAGAAGCACAGCUAAAACAAAAUAAAGUCAAGGAGAAAGUUGCAGCACGGGCAUUUGCUUUACAGUACCUGAAAGAUCUCAUUCCUUCAGUCUUCAGUAAUCUUCUGGAUCAUGGGUACUUCUAUGAUACAGUAGAAAGAGAUAUUGAAAAAGAAUUCCUUCCAUAUUUGAUGAAAAACACAGAAAAAGACAUGGAGAAGAGAAUCCUGGGAAGAGUAAUAACUGACAAUUUAAUCCGUGAGGUCAUUGGAAACAGAUUGGAAAAAUUUGAUGAAAAUAAAAAUCCUGGUUUGAAAAGAAGACAUCUAAGGGGUCCUAAAGUUUCUUUCUUCAUUGGAAGCCAUCUACACUCCUCCCAUGAGCAAGCUGUUUACAGAGCGCUGCACUCUGCUAACAAUAAUCUACUGGUGAUCCCUGAGCCAAAAAGUGUCCGGCUGUCCUCAACUAAAGCCAGAGCCUUUUGGCUCUGGCCCAUGGCUGGUGAAAUGCUGUCCAGUGAGACCAGGGCCCUGCAGGAUGUGUCUCAAUUCCGUAGUGCCUGUAAGGUGGAGCUGUUCCACAAGGCCGAUAGUUGA